GUUGCAGCAUUACUUUUACUCAAGUCUGGACAUUCAUAUUUUGCUGUGGGCCCUGUAUUACUGACAUGGGGACCACUGGAAGUCCCCAGACCCUACCUUUGACAAGCUCUAACCAACAUUAAAGCAACAGAGGAGUUUCCAAUUUCUGCACUGUGGGUCUUUGCAGACGGGGAUUUUUUUUUUUUUACAUCACUUAAUGAGGAAACUGUACAUCACAGGUUGUUAGAAUAAAUGACACCCAUUACCAUGCAAGGUAUGCUUUUUGUGUCUUCUCCUCCUCGCACAGCACUGUGGUGUCGGACACAACUAUAAUCCAGCAGAAAAGUUUGUGGGUUGGUAUGCACUCCAGAUACCCAAAUGUAUGAACACAAGCACUGAACAAUUUCCUCCAGAAUGUCAGAUACAGCAGACUUCCUCACAUCUAAAGAGACACAGGACGCUCCUGUUUAUGAUGUGUCCUCACCACCACCACCACCACCACUACCGUCAUACUCCUCCGAAGGACAGCAACCUCCACCUUACUCUGCUACCCCAGAAAAGUACCCUCCACCUGAAACCGAGACAACUUGCGCCGAUGGGCCUACCACUGGGGACGAGUCUUGCGACAUCAGCCCAGAGGCCUUGUCGGACACAACUCCACCGAUAGCCUCAUCUCCCUUUGAUGACAAGACAGUGAGAAGAGCGUUUAUUAGAAAGGUGUUCUGCAUCCUGACUGUCCAGCUGCUGUUCACCUUCAGUGUGGUGUGUGUGUUCACCUUCUCCAGCGUGGUCAAAGAGGCAGUGCAGCACAACCUGUGGGCCUACGUCAGCUCCUUCAUCAUCUUCAUCGUGGUGGCCACCACCCUCGGCUGCUGCAAGUCCUUCAGUCGGCGUCACCCCUGGAACAUCGUGGGACUGGCUGUGGUCACCCUGAGCUUGUCAUACAUGGUGGGAACCAUCGCCUCCUUCCACGACACCGCAGCUGUCGUCAUCACUAUGGGAGCAACGCUGGCCAUUACUGUCGCAAUCAUUGCAUACUCUGCACAGACUCGUUAUGAAUUCAAUAUUUGUUACGGUAUUCUGCUGGUUCUGGCUGUGGACGUGAUCAUGUUUGGUAUCUUCAGCACCUUCUACUACUCAUACAUGGCUGAUGUGUCCUAUGGAUGUCUGGGUGCUCUGCUGUUUUCACUGUUCCUGAUGGUCGACUGUCAGCUGAUCAUGGGGAAGACGAGCUACCGUCUGGAUCCAGAGGAAUACAUCACCGCCGCUCUCAUGAUCUACCUGGACGUAGUCCUCAUCUUCAUCUGGCUGCUGGGAAAGAGGUGAAACUAUACUCGAGGUCAACAAAUUGAGACAGUCUCCACAUACAAAUACUUAGGAUUGUUAACUGAUGACCGUCUCUCUUUUAAACCUCACAUACAGAGUCUGGUGAAAAAGUUGAAAUUGAAGUUAGGUUUUUAUUUUAGAAACAAGUCUUGUUUUUCUCUUGAUGUCAGACGAAAACUGGUUGAAGCGACGUUCUUGCCUGUUCUUGACUAUAUGGUGAUCUGCUUUACAUGAAUGCAUCAGUCCAUUGUCUCCAUAUGUUGGAUACUGUAUAUCAUGGCGCUUUACUGUAAGGUUUGUUACAAACUGUAUAGCCCUGCUCUGUCAAUACGUCAGCUUUUAGCCAUUGGUAUGCUUUUAUCUAUAAGGUCAUUCUGGGUAGACUCCCCUUUUAUUUAUCUGUCUUUCUAACCAGAAAACACGGCAAUUAUGGGUUACGGUCUCAGGACACUAUGCUUAUGACUGUUCCCAGAGUUCGGGCUGAGUUGGGAAAGAAGACCUUUAUGUUUUCUGCACCAUCUGCAUGGAAUAACCUGCAAAAUGAACUUAAACUCCAGGACCUAGUCACUCUAAAUGAAUUUAAAGGCAUGGUGAAAUCUAUAGAAAUGGACUGUAUCGAUACUUGUACUUGUUUUGAUUGAUUAUAUGGCUUCCCUGCACUUUUACGGUAUGGCACCUUUGAGCUGAUCUAUUGUUUUUUUAAUGUGCGUGUAUGAAACUGUUUGUACUGUUUGCUAUUCUUUGCCAGGUCGCUCUUGAAAAAGAGAUUUUAAUCUCAAUGGGUCUAAACCUGGUUAAAUAAAGGUUAAUGAAAUGAAACUGAAAUACAGUUACACACAAACACACACAGAUGGACACUCCGAACUAUACCCACAAUUAAAGUAUCCUUUAUUAUUAUUAUGUAUAUACUUUAACUCCUGUUUUAAACGACAAUAAAUGAAUGAUCAUCAUUAUUCAU